GAUACAUCUCACGCAGCUCUACAGCUACACAGACCUGCAGCUGGUGCUGCUGGCUUUAAUAAUAAAUCCUCCAUUAGAGCCAUGGAUCACACUGGAGCCAGUGAGGGGCCCGGACCCGGCAGAAGACCCUCCAGUCCCUCCUCCUCUGGGACACCCAUGGGUGCCAAGAGCCAAGCAUCACAGAGCGGACAAAAGCCUAAAGUAAAGAUAACUCCCUUCCACAGCUCACCCAUAGCCAGCAGUGAUGGAGCUGUCCGCAGUAAGAGACUGGGACCGGCUUAUGGAAGACCAGUGGUAGCAUCUGGAGGCCUGUUCGCAGGCACAUCUGGACGUCUGUCUGCUCCACCUGUCAGGGAGAAAGUUUCUUCUGCUGCUGCUGCUCCUCCUCCUCCUCCUGCUGCUGCUGCUGCUGCUGCUGCUGGGAAGCCAGGGGCCCAGGCUCCCAGCUCAGGCUCUUCUCAGACCACAUCAGUAGAAAAAGCACACACAAGUCUUCCUGCUGUCAAGCCUGCUGGCAGGAAGUCAGCGAAGACGACCCCAACAAACACACAGAAGUCUGCUCCACCUGCUCGCACAGAGCUCCAUCACAGCCAGAAAGGCAAACAUAAAGGAAGGAAAGCCGACCCCACCUCCACCUCCACCUCCACCAAACCUCAGUCAGCUGUGAAGAGGAAGAAGAGGAAGAUGGGGAUGUACAACCUGGUCCCAAAAAAGAAGGCAAAGACCAUUAAACAGCAGGAGAAGGCAUAGGAUGCAGGUGGCAGCGUGGAGAAGAAGCCAGCUGCAGCAGAUGAGAAAGCAGAGCUUCUAUCACAGACUGUGGAGGCAGGAGAACCAUCAGCCUCGAGAAAUGAGUCACAGACAGAAGGAGGAAGCAGCCAUGUUGAAUACACAGAACUGGCCUUGGACUGUCUGGACCUCAAGGCUCAGCAGGAGCUGCUCUCACCUCCUCUGUCAGGUUUAGCGACAGAUGCUGAGGCGACAGAAACAGACCUGGCUGAGGAGUUACCUCUGUGCUGCUGCCGUAUGGAGACUCCUCACAGCGGGGGAAGCCUGUCCACACAGGAUCAGACCUGCAUGGCCAUGGAGAGCACAGACGGAAUGCUGUCUCGUUGUCAGAGGCGAGUGAUGAAACAGGAAAUGAUGCGACCAUCCAACACGGUCCACCUGCUGGUCCUGUGUGAGGAUCACAGGGCCGGCAUGGUGAAGCACCAGUGCUGCCCCGGAUGUGGACUCUUCUGCAGGGAGGGCACCUUCAUGGAGUGCAGACCAUACGGCAGCAUCUCCCACCGCUUCCACAGAGUCUGCGCCUCCAUCUUGAAGGAUCGCAGGUUUUGCCCUCACUGCGGAGAGGACGCCACCGGGGCCAAGGAGGUCACGGUGUCAAAGCCCGAACCGUCGCCUUCCGUCCCCAGAUCCAACCCGGGGCUGUCGCUCCCAGCUGUUCCUACCGUAGCCGCCCUGCCUUCCGCACCCGCCACCCCCGCCGUCCCUCAGACACUCAGAGCGAAGAAGAGCAGCGAGCCACAGAGGAGCAGAGAGCAGAGCCCGAGCAGGUUGAAGGGUGAAGCUGUGAGCACUGCAGACAGACUGCCUAAAGAGUCACUGGAGACCAUCCUGAUGGCACUGGACGAUGAGAACCUCAAACCAAAGAAAGUGAAGUACCCCACCAGGCAGCUGUACAUCUCUGCCAAACAAGGAGAGCUACAAAAGGUCAUUCAUCUCCUAGUUGACGGGAAGGACCCCAAUUUUUUAAUGGAGGGCCAAAACAAACGCACCCCUCUCCACGCAGCAGCUGCCGAGGGUCACCAGGAGAUCUGCCACAUGCUGGUCCAGGCUGGAGCCAACCUGGACAUGUCUGAUGAGGAGCAGAAAACGCCUCUGAUGGCGGCCUGUGAGAACAACCACCUGGAAACAGUGAAGUACCUGCUCAGAGCCGGAGCAGCUGUCAGCCACAAGGAUAUCAUGGGUUUCACCUGUUUGCAUCUGGCAGCUAAACUGGGACAUUAUGACGUAGUCCAUCAUCUGAUCUCCAAAGCAUCCAAACACAUCAACUGUCAGGAUGACGGAGGGUGGACCCCGAUCACCUGGGCCAUCGAGUACAAGCACAAGGAGCUGGUCCACCUGCUGCUGACCAGAGGGGCAGAUGUUAACAUCAGAGACAAGGAACAGAAUGUCUGCCUGCACUGGGCGGCUCUGUCCGGGUGUGACGAUGUCGCCCAGGCUCUGCUGGAGGCCCGGUGCGACCUCGACGCCGUCAACGUUCACGGAGACUCGCCGCUUCACGUGGCCGCCAGAGAGAACCAUCUGGAGUGUGUGAUGUUGUUUCUGUCUCGUGGAGCAGACGUCAGUCAGAGGAACAGGGAGGGACAGACGGCUCUGGACUGCUGCGUCUACAGCUCCAAAGUGUGGACGGCCCUCAACACCAACAAGAAGCUGACGGACGCCAGGAGAGGAAGGGACUGCGUAGGAGAGCGAGUGCUCAGCAGGGAUGUUUCUCGGGGCUAUGAGGCGGUUCCUAUCCCCUGUGUUAAUGGUGUGGACAGCGAGCCGUGCCCUGAAAACUUUAAAUACAUACCAGACAACUGUGUCACCUCUCCACUGAACAUCGACAAGGACAUCACUCACUUACAGCACUGCAGCUGCACAGACGACUGCUCAUCCAGCACCUGUAUGUGUGGACAGCUCAGUCUGAGGUGUUGGUAUGACACUGAGGGUCGACUGCCGCUGGACUUCUGUCAGCGGGAGCCUCCGGUGCUGUUUGAGUGUAACCACGCCUGCUCCUGCUGGAGGAACUGCAGGAACCGAGUAGUCCAGAACGGACUCAGAGUGCGGCUGCAGCUUUUCAGAACACAGAAGAUGGGCUGGGGAGUGAGGGUCAUGCAGGAUAUCCCUCAAGGAGCAUUCAUUUGCGAGUAUGUCGGGGAGAUCAUCACCGACGCCGAGGCCGACAAAAGAGAGAACGACUCCUUCCUUUUCACACUCGACAAUAAGGUGGGGGACGUACACUGCAUCGACGCGAGACUCUUCGGCAACAUCGGCCGCUUCAUCAACCACCUGUGUGAGCCCAACCUGCUGGCCGUGAGGGUGUUCACCAUGCACCAGGACCUCCGCUUCCCCCGGAUAGCCUUCUUCUCCAGCAGGCCCAUCAAAGCUGGAGACCAGUUAGGGUUGGACUACGGCGAUCACUACUGGAGGGUGAAGAGCAAGUACUUCAGCUGCCAGUGUGGUUCGCUGAAGUGUCGCUACUUGUCUUCCAGCAGAUAGAUAACUCACUCAUGACCACGCUAUAGAGUGUUUCUCCCUCUUUCUGUCUGGACACACACACACACAUACACACACACACACACAACUGUCAGAAACACUACCAUCUGAACCUUUGAUUUUUGGUCUGUGUCGAUAUGUCAGUCCCGAAUUUCAAGCAACAAAUAACAAGAUAAACACUGUUAAACUCAGCCAGGAUCUAACUUAUUUAUACAUCUAGAGUGAUAAAGGUUACUUUGCUACAUGAAGAACACUGCAGCUUGCCACCAGCCAGAAACACUGUAUGUGAGAGUGGGUUUAACCCAUUUUUUAAAAAAAGGAAUCAGGUUAAAACAUCUUAACAGAUGAUUUUAAUAUUUGCUGUCUUUUCUUUUAAUACUGUCACGUUUUUUGGAUU